AACCGUGCAGAUGUGUGAAACGCCAAAAUGUAUACUGCACCCAGUACGGUGAAAGAUGUCGGACCAUAUAGAUCAAGUGAAUUUACCUCCCGGCUGGGAUUGCCGAUAUGACUCCCGGACGGGUCGAUACUAUUAUGUGAAUCUAUUCACCAAAACGACAACAUGGGAGGACCCACGUUCCAGGAUUCGACAGCUGCAAACAGGAGCCCCAUUACACAUUUCCAACGAUAACAUCUCAGUGCAGCCAGUGCAUGGUUCUCCCUAUCAUGUCUACCCUUCAAGUAAUUCGUUCUACCCAGCUCAACAAGCAUUCCAGAAUCCACCCUCCGGUGUUCCCAGUUUAACAGCUAGUCCUAAUUUCGCUACCAAACUACAACAACAGCAACUGGAGCUCGCUCAGAUGGCACGAUCCAGCCCACACACGCCCCGGAUGGGACUCGGCCGUACCGUCAUGCAGGAAACGUCGUUCUCCAGCAACAUAAGCGCUGCCGACACGGAUGCCACUGUGGCUAAAAUUAACUCGAUGUUUCCAACCGUACCGGAAACUCAUAUUAGGAUGCUGCUAAAGAAAUACUACAAUCGCGAAGCGGUCGUAAUCAGUGCUCUGCAGGUCGAGAAACAUCCGCUGACCACACCGGGACCGUAUUCAACGCCUCCACUGCCGCAGCGUCACUUCCACAACACGGCCAUGGGUGUGGUGUCCGCGUUCCAGAUGACACCGGUACUGGGCGGCCGCAGCGAGGUUUCAACUUCCCGCACCGGAAGUCCAAUCCCGCGGCCGGCCAGUUGCGCCAGCGGAAGCUACUACGGGUAUCAGCAUGGAUCACCGCGCAGUAACGGGAUCGAUAUACGUUACAGCUCACCGAAACCGCACUCGUCGCCCAAGAUGAAACUGAGAUACCUGAAGAGUUUUUUCCCAAAGGCGGAAGAAACACUCAUUUUAGACAUCUUGGCUAAUGCCGAUAAUAAUGUCCAAACAGCUUCACAAGCACUGAUCAAGUUGGGCUAUGAAAAACGAGAACAACAGGCGGUUCAGCGAAGCUCAUCUCGCAAAGGCUCCGAGAAGGAAGGACACAGUGAACCAAGCCGGUCGGAAACACCACCAGCAAAGCCCAAAACUCCCGAAGAAAUGAAAAAAAUAAAAGCUCGUCUUCAGAGUAAAUACAAGGACAUUGCCGAACGAAUUAUUUUAAUGGCACUUGAAAGCGUUGACUACUCGGAGGACCGUGCAAAACAGAUUCUUAACAUUGUUAUUCAGGAGGACAAAGAUAAAAAGAAAAGUGUUAAAAUUGACGCACCUCACAAACCAGAGGAGGACAAAGAAAACGCUCAUGAAAAUAGCGCUACGCCCAGUCGAAGCAACAGCACCUCCUCUCCUCGCCGUUCACGUACCAAAAAAGUGAGCGUGGGUUCCGAUGAGCAGACGCCGGGUACGCAGGUUGCCUUCGAAACAAACAGUCCGACCAUUCCGUCCACCAUCCAGAAUCAGGAACAUCGUGCAACGGAAGACAACGAGAACGAAAACGAUGCUUCCAUUGAAAUUACCACUUCUACCACAUCCACUGCAAUCAUUAACGAUUCACCACAAUCACCACCACCACCACCACAACCACCAAUGCCAUCCUCACCAUCACAACAGCGACACGGCACUGCAAACAGUUACAAUCAGCAGCAGAACAGCGGCACCGAUUUGAACAACAACAGCAGCAAUAGUGACGCCCCAACAACAGUAGGCGUGGCUUCAACGGGCAAACAAAGCCGUACUAGAGCCAAAGGCGACCACGCAAAGUAUUCUAUUUUUAGAAAUUCUUCGUCCGAGGACGAGCUAGACGGUCCAAAAGGUGUUGCAGCUCCCAAGUCAGACCCGAUGAAUGGCUACAGUGCAGCUCGAAUUGCUACCAAGGGUCCGAAUACGAAGCUGUUCCGAGGCCCCAACGAUGAUCUGUUACUGGCGGAUUAUGUGACCUGGAACGGAGCAAAUCCGGAUCUGGCCCGAGGCAGCCAGAAACUAGCCCUGGGUCCCGACCGAUCGAUUCGCAUCGAUCGCACAUACAAGGCCCAUGGUGCCAACGGGGACCUGUGCAAAGGUCCUGCCGGGCUUGCGAAGGGCAGCAUCUACGCUCAGCUCAAUUGUGCCAUGAAGGACGUCAAGUGCAACUAGGGACGAUUCAGAAGCCUAUCGGAGCCCCGGCAGGUGUAUGCAAACUAUUAUUCCUAAUUGACGCAACGGCGACAGCAAACUGUAUUUACCUAUUGUUCAUGUUCAUAUUUUAAAUUUCACUACGGUGUGGGUUGAGAAUCUACGCGGUGCGGCAGUCCUUAAUCAUCAAUCGUUAGCGCCGCGGCACCGGAGGUUUGCUACAACUAAUCAAUCAUCGUAAAUUCGGAGUGCAAUAACUUUCUCAAGAACUUCUCUACUCUGCGUGCUAUGAAGAAACUAAUUAGGCUCUCUAAGGUGUUGUUUGACUUUAUUGUAGCAGUAAUAACACAUAUAUGCGUUUGAUCUUUUUAAACAAAGUUUAUAUUUUCUACACUGAGAUGAAUCAAUAUUAUAUUCGAACAAGAUGAAGUCCUUUCUACUGUGUAGUGUAUAGUAUAGAUUGUAUUUGAGGGCAUCUAGAUUGUAGCGGUCAAGACAAAAGAAACAAAAUGUAUUUAACAAAAUAUCUGUACAUGAGUUCAAAGUUUGCUAGCAAACUCAAAACAUACCGCAGUUUACUCGACUACUGUAUCGACGUGAACGAGACUUCUUCACUGCUUUAUGACGCCAGAUACAAUUGAACCAGUAUUACUCUAGUUAGGGUUCGCGAUGUUAAAAAAGCGAAACUUCAGUUUUCAUUGUUUAAAUUAUGUUUAUUUACAAGCUAUUCUUAACUAUCCAUAAUUUUAAUUGGAACUUUUAACAAACAAUACUUUUUUCAUUAAAACAGCAAGUUUAGUUCAGAGAUAAGUUUCAUUUCAUGAAAAUGCAACGACUUGUAAAUUAUUUCUUAGAAUACAAUUGAUUGGUGAAGAAGAAUCUGUAAUCGGAAAUUAGAAGUCUACAAUUGUAUUCUCCUACAGAUCUAGUAAAAGAUGGCAACAUAAACAUGUAAUGUAAAAAAAAACAAAAAUGUAGUGAAUAUUACACACAGCUGGUAGGCUUCGUCACUAUUAGAUGCGCUAGUUUGAAGCCAAAUGUUCAUUCGAAAACACAAACAACUAGUGCAAAUUGCUCAUUCCCAAUAACCAUUCAUUGCCUUCUGAAAGAUAUUUGCCGUGGCAUCAACAAUAGGGAAGUGUAUGAAGGUGAGGCCAAAACAGAAUUCCAAGUUCUACUGAAAUGCAAGAUUACAAUCUACUGAAAGCAAAGUUUCCAUUACUUCUAGUAUUUUGAUAUUAUAAUCAUAAAACAAAUGUAACGAAAAAUGUAUGUGAUAGUCAACUUGCAUUCCGAUUGUCACAAAUAUAUUGAAUUUUUGUGAAACAGCACUAUUAGCCUAAUUUGACUAAAUAUAAUUAGAGAAAAACAAACUUGACAUUCGAGUAUCAAAUACUAACUUGCCAUAUUAGAAGCAUUACUAUAAGUGAAACCUGUACCUUGUUCGUCCCACAAAUCAUUAGACUUUCAUGAAACAAACCCUGGAGCGGCAUACACUCAUCCAAGCGAAAAUGCUCCAAACUGAUUGGAAAAAUUGCGUCCAUCUUCAAACAAAAAUAAAAUUUCGGUUAGAUUUAAUUCACGCCAUCUCUGAACCAUUAUGCGAGAAAAGCAACUGUUGCAAAAAAAAAUGCACCCUUAUUAUUGU